UAUCCACGUCCUGUUACACCAGCAACAAAGGUAGUAGGUCCAAUCCUUCCUAAGCCAGCCAAAGCAUUACCAAUUCACUUGCAAGAAUUUGUUUCAGCAAAUCCAAACGGAACGAUAGUGAUGUCAUUUGGCUCUGUGGUUACCGGUUUAAAGUACAUAACUGACGUCCAAAUGCUAUUUAAAUCUCUUGGUCGUCUACCAUAUAAUGUAAUAUGCAAAUAUUCAGAAAAGCAUAAAUAUUCUAUCCCAAAGAAUGUCAUGACAUUUAAUUGGCUACCUCAAAAUGAUCUUUUAGGCCAUCCCAACAUUAAAGGGUUUGUUACACAUUGUGGCAUGAAUAGCAUUCUGGAAGCUGCUUAUCAUGGUAUACCUAUGGUGGGUAUUCCGAUAUUUGGAGAUCAAAUUGUUAAUGCCCAAAAGAUAUUAUAUAGGAAUAUUGGAGUAGUUUUGGAUAUUAAUGAAAUCAAUAGCGAUGACUUGUAUUUUGGUAUUAUGAAUGCCACUACUGAUCAAUGGAUACUUGGAAAUGCAUCUAUAGUCUCAAAAUUAAUUAAAAAUCGUCCUAAUGGAAGAACACCGGUCGAAGAAGCUGCUGAUUGGAUUGAAUUUGCCUUGAAUAGUAAAGGGGGACACUAUUUGCGAUCGGAAGAAUAUAACUUGCCAUGGUAUCAACUUUAUUUAUUCGAUAUUUUUGCAAUUUUAUGUAUGAUGAUAAUUAUCACGAUUAUA